AGCUCAUAUAAGCGACAGCUGCAGAGAGAGAAGGAGAGUCAGUAGAAAAGCGAGGAGUGCUUAACCUGAAGACUCUCUCUUACAGUUUCUCUGCAUCUCUCAUUUUCUUCCUGAAUUGAGUGUUGGAAGGGCGCAAAACUCUCUUGUCACCAUGAUCUCGUUGAACAGCAGUAGUUUCCUGAGCAACUCGGGCUUUUCCGGGAUUUCUCGGAGCGUGUCUCAGAGGAAGGUUCUACCUCCGGUAGUGUUGGCUUUGGGGUCCAACGGCAGAGCAGGGGAGCUAAACGUCAGCGCUGUGAUGGAGAGUACCUUGAAGGAGUUGAGGGAUGGUAACACGGUGCUUGAGGUGGAUUCGAAAUCCGCGGUCAGUGGUGGGGUUCGGGAUGUUCAAGGCGAGGAUGCUGCCACAGAGGAUCAGAUUGUUACUCCUUGGACUAUAACCGUCGCUAGCGGUUAUUCGUUAUUGCGGAAUCCACAUCAUAAUAAAGGGCUUGCCUUCACUGAAAAAGAGAGAGAUCACCAUUAUUUACGUGGCCUUCUCCCUCCAGCUGUUGUCUCUCAAGAUCUUCAGGUAAAAAAGUUGAUGGCCAAUAUCCGCCAGUAUACUGUUCCAUUGCAGAAGUACAUGGCAAUGAUGGAUCUUCAGGAAAGAAAUGAAAAGCUGUUCUACAAGCUACUCAUGGAUAAUGUUGAGGAGCUGCUCCCAGUUGUCUAUACCCCAACGGUUGGUGAAGCUUGCCAAAAAUAUGGAGGCAUCUUGAGGCGUCCUCAGGGCCUUUUCAUUAGUCUGAAUGAGAAGGGGAAGAUUCUUGAGGUACUGAAGAACUGGCCUGAGAAGAAUAUUCAAGUUAUUGUUGUCACUGAUGGGGAGCGAAUUUUGGGGCUUGGGGAUCUUGGUUGCCAGGGUAUGGGGAUACCAGUAGGGAAACUCUCUUUAUAUACCGCACUUGGAGGAGUUCGUCCUUCAGCCUGCUUGCCAGUUACAAUUGAUGUGGGAACAAACAAUCAGAAAUUAUUGGAUGAUGAGUUCUAUAUCGGGCUCCGGCAGAAGAGGGCAACAGGGCAGGAAUAUGCUGAACUUAUACAUGAAUUCAUGUGUGCGGUCAAGCAGAACUAUGGGGAGAAAGUCCUUGUUCAGUUUGAGGACUUUGCAAACCACAACGCAUUUGAUCUGCUUGCAAGAUAUGGUACAACUCAUCUCGUUUUCAAUGAUGAUAUUCAGGGAACGGCAUCUGUGGUUCUUGCAGGGCUCAUUUCAGCGCUAAAUUUAGUUGGGGGAACCUUAGCUGAACAUACAUUUUUAUUCCUUGGUGCUGGAGAGGCUGGCACUGGAAUAGCAGAACUCAUAGCUCUUGAGAUGUCAAAACAGACACAAGCUCCACUGGAAGAGACCCGCAAGAAGAUUUGGCUUGUGGACUCAAAGGGAUUGAUUGUUAGCUCCCGCAUGGAUUCACUUCAACAUUUCAAGAAGCCCUGGGCUCAUGAGCAUGAGCCUAUUAAAAAUCUCGUAGAUGCUGUUAAGGCAAUCAAGCCAACGGUGUUGAUUGGAUCUUCAGGAGUAGGCAGAACAUUUACUAAGGAGGUGGUUGAGGCCAUGGCCUCCUUCAAUGAGAAACCCAUCAUUCUUGCUCUCUCCAACCCGACUUCACAAUCUGAAUGUACAGCUGAAGAAGCUUAUACAUGGAGUGAGGGUCGUGCCAUUUUUGCUAGUGGAAGCCCAUUUGACCCCGUCGAAUACAAUGGGAAAGUUUUUGUGCCUGGACAGUCAAAUAAUGCAUACAUUUUCCCUGGAUUCGGUCUGGGUUUGAUCAUCUCUGGUGCAAUCCGUGUGCAUGACGACAUGCUUUUGGCAGCCUCGGAAGCUUUGGCAAAACAGGCAACCCAGGAGAACUUCGACAAGGGAAUGAUAUACCCACCAUUCUCUAAUAUCAGAAAGAUUUCAGCCCAUAUUGCCGCUAAUGUGGCUGCUAAAGCGUAUGAGCUUGGUUUGGCUACUCGUCUCCCUCAGCCGGAAAAUCUGGUGGAGUAUGCUGAGAACUGCAUGUACAGCCCUGUAUAUCGAUCGUUCCGGUGAAUGGGUGGGAAGAUCCUGUAGUGUUGGCUUGCAGUUUAAUUUUCAUGUUCUUUCUUUUUAAUCAUUUACACCAUAUUUUUUCCUUUUUAUUACCCCCUAUUCCCUUC